AUAAUGCAGUCGCCAUUUUCCUGUGUUUAGUUUUGGGAGGAAAACGUCUGCAAAUAAUAAGCUACGGAGUGCAGCAGACUUUUUCCUUCAAGCAGAUUUGGUCUUCUGUAGUUACCAGGCCACUAAACAGCGACCAUGUAUGAUCAAGAUGAAGAUAUCCAGUACGAUGAGGAUGAGGAUGAGAUCACCCCGGACCUGUGGCAGGAAGCCUGUUGGAUCGUCAUCAGCUCGUACUUUGAUGAGAAGGGUCUGGUGCGGCAGCAGCUGGACUCCUUUGAUGAGUUCAUCCAGAUGUCCGUACAGAGGAUCGUAGAGGACGCUCCACCCAUAGACCUGCAGGCAGAGGCGCAGCACACGUCAGGAGAGAUAGAGGAACCGCCGAGGUACCUGUUGAAGUUUGAACAGAUCUACCUGUCCAAGCCCACGCACUGGGAGCGAGAUGGAGCGCCCUCGCCAAUGAUGCCCAACGAGGCCCGACUGCGCAACCUCACGUAUUCGGCCCCUCUCUAUGUGGACAUCACUAAGACCAUCAUUAAGGAGGGUGAGGAUCAGCUGCUGACUCAACAUCAGAAGACCUUCAUUGGAAAAAUUCCCAUCAUGCUCCGCUCCACCUACUGCCUACUGAGCGGCCUGACGGACCGUGACUUGUGUGAGCUCAACGAGUGCCCCCUUGACCCUGGCGGCUACUUUAUCAUCAACGGCUCCGAGAAGGUGCUGAUCGCUCAGGAGAAGAUGGCCACUAACACAGUCUACGUGUUCGCUAAGAAGGACUCUAAGUACGCUUACACUGCAGAAUGUAGGUCCUGUCUGGAGAACUCCUCACGACCCACCAGCACCAUAUGGGUCAGCAUGAUGGCCAGAGGAGGACAGGGUGUGAAGAAGAGUGCUAUCGGCCAGCGAAUCGUCUCCACUCUGCCGUACAUUCGGCAGGAAGUGCCUAUCAUUAUCGUGUUCCGUGCGUUGGGCUUCGUGUCCGACCGGGACAUCCUGGAGCACAUCAUCUACGACUUCGACGACCCUGAGAUGAUGGAGAUGGUGAAACCGUCCCUGGAUGAGGCGUUUGUGAUCCAGGAGCAGAACGUGGCGCUGAACUUCAUCGGGUCCCGUGGUGCCAAGCCAGGCGUCACCAAGGAGAGGAGAAUCAAGUACGCCAAAGAGGUGCUGCAAAAAGAGGUGCUGCCGCAUGUGGGAGUCAGCGACUUCUGCGAGACCAAGAAGGCCUACUUCCUGGGGUACAUGGUUCACAGACUGCUGUUGGCUGCGUUGGGCAGACGCGAGCUUGAUGACAGAGAUCACUAUGGCAACAAGAGACUGGACUUGGCUGGACCCCUGUUGGCAUUCCUUUUCAGAGGGAUGUUUAAGAACCUGCUGAAGGAGAUCCGUAUCUAUGCGCAGAAGUUCAUCGACCGCGGGAAAGACUUCAACCUGGAGCUGGCGAUCAAGACCAGGAUCAUCUCCGACGGACUCAAGUACUCCCUCGCCACUGGCAACUGGGGGGACGUCAAGAAAGCCCAUCAGGCCAGGGCAGGGGUGUCUCAGGUGUUGAAUCGCUUGACCUUUGCAUCGACCUUGUCUCAUUUGAGGCGUGUGAACUCCCCCAUCGGCAGAGACGGAAAGCUGGCCAAACCUAGACAGCUCCACAACACGCUGUGGGGCAUGGUGUGUCCUGCUGAGACUCCAGAGGGCCAUGCUGUAGGGCUGGUGAAGAACCUGGCCUUGAUGGCCUACAUCUCUGUGGGCUCCCAGCCCUCCCCUAUCCUGGAGUUUCUGGAAGAGUGGAGUAUGGAGAACCUGGAGGAGAUCUCACCAGCCGCCAUUGCGGAUGCCACUAAGAUCUUUGUGAACGGCUGCUGGGUGGGGAUACACAAGGACCCGGAGCAGCUGAUGAACACACUACGCAAACUCCGACGCCAGAUGGACAUCAUCGUGUCAGAGGUGUCCAUGAUCAGAGACAUCCGUGAACGGGAGAUCAGGAUCUACACGGACGCUGGGAGGAUCUGUCGCCCCCUACUGAUCGUUGAGAAACAGAAGCUUUUACUCAAGAGACGCCACAUCGACCAGCUCAAGGAGAGAGAAUACAACAACUACAGCUGGCAGGACCUGGUUGCGAGUGGAGUGGUUGAGUACAUUGACACACUGGAGGAGGAGACGGUGAUGUUGGCCAUGACCCCUGAUGACCUUCAGGAAAAGGGUGUGGCCUACUGCUCCACAUACUCACAUUGCGAGAUCCACCCCUCCAUGAUCCUGGGAGUUUGUGCGUCUAUCAUCCCCUUCCCUGAUCACAACCAGUCUCCCAGGAACACGUACCAGUCUGCUAUGGGGAAGCAGGCUAUGGGUGUGUACAUCACUAACUUCCACGUGCGCAUGGACACACUCGCUCAUGUCCUCUACUACCCCCAGAAGCCCCUAGUCACCACAAGGUCUAUGGAGUACCUGCGUUUCAGAGAGCUGCCUGCAGGCAUUAACUCCAUUGUUGCCAUCGCCUCAUACACGGGAUACAACCAGGAGGAUUCUGUCAUCAUGAACCGCUCUGCUGUAGACCGCGGAUUCUUCCGGUCUGUGUUCUACCGGUCCUAUAAGGAGCAGGAGUCUAAGAAGGGCUUUGACCAAGAGGAGAUCUUUGAGAAACCCAGCAGAGAAACAUGCCAGGGCAUGCGUCAUGCCAUCUAUGACAAGCUGGACGACGACGGGCUGAUUGCGCCGGGCGUGCGCGUGUCCGGCGAGGACGUGAUCAUCGGCAAGACUGUGACUCUGCCAGAGGUGGACGAGGAGUUGGAGAGCACUACCCGCCGCUACGUCAAGCGAGACUGCAGCACCUUCCUCCGCACCAGCGAGACGGGCAUCGUUGACCAGGUCAUGGUCACACUCAACCAGGAGGGGUACAAAUUCUGCAAGAUCAGGGUGCGUUCUGUGAGGAUCCCUCAGAUUGGGGAUAAGUUUGCCAGUCGACACGGACAAAAGGGAACCUGUGGUAUCCAGUACAGACAGGAGGAUAUGCCGUUUACCUGUGAGGGCAUCACUCCUGACAUCAUCAUCAAUCCUCACGCCAUCCCCUCCAGAAUGACAGUCGGCCAUUUGAUCGAGUGUUUACAGGGAAAGGUCUCGGCCAAUAAGGGAGAGAUCGGUGAUGCCACUCCCUUUAACGAUGCGGUCAAUGUGCAGAAGGUGUCCAACCUUCUGUCUGAGUACGGAUAUCACCUGAGAGGCAACGAGGUGCUGUAUAACGGCUUCACUGGCAGGAAGGUGACGUCUCAGGUCUUUAUCGGGCCAACAUACUACCAGCGUCUCAAACACAUGGUAGACGACAAGAUCCACUCCCGCGCUCGCGGCCCCGUACAGAUCCUCAACAGACAGCCCAUGGAGGGCAGGUCACGUGACGGUGGACUGCGUUUCGGUGAGAUGGAGCGUGAUUGUCAGAUUGCUCACGGGGCCGCCCAGUUCCUGCGGGAGCGUCUGUUCGAGGCAUCGGACCCGUACCAGGUGCACGUGUGCAACCUGUGCGGACUCAUGGCCAUCGCCAACACACGCACACACACCUACGAGUGUCGUGGCUGCCGCAACAAAACACAGAUUUCGCUGGUGCGGAUGCCGUAUGCCUGUAAGCUGCUGUUCCAGGAGCUCAUGUCCAUGAGCAUAUCCCCACGCAUGAUGGUCAGCUAGACAUUCUGGGAGAUGUAGUUCUCAGCUGAGUAUGCUGGGAUAUGGAAUUUUCUGCUGGAGGAGUCUGAAGAGUGUAGAAUGUGGUUUUUGAUGACUGAGAUAAGAAGUGAGCUUCGGGAUCAUUGUGGAACAGUUUCUGUUGCUGGUAACAUUUUCUUAUUUUAGGUCUGACAUCAAGUAUCAGUUACUUUAAAAUCAUCUUGAAUAAAGUUUUUUUUUUAAAGAAAGAA